AUGUCGAAUUCCACGACAUUUUCCCCAACAACUACUGAAUCUUCUACCGCAUCUUCUCCGCCAUCUACAACACCAUUCAACAGCGAUCCUUUCAACGAUGAUUUUAGCUAUGACAUUGCCCUCGAAGUGAUUGUCAACUUUGUCGUCACAACCAUUCUAGAGUACCUUGGGAAGGUGAUAAUUACAACAAUGGUGGCUUUAAUCUCCUAUCAAGUCUACAGUCAUUUGAUUUAUCCAUUCAUCUUUCCUUGCUAUAGUAGGUUGGGGUGUUAUCAGCGGUGUAGUUUAUAGAGAGAGUGUUCAAAAUGUGACAGUCAAAUCUUAAUGGUUAUUUGUACUGUAGAGAGUCGUGUUCACAAAAAAUCAAUUUUUUGCCCGGAAGGAGCAAAGGUAUAGCGAAAAAAAGGUUUUCUUUCUGACCGCUCUCCAUAUUUUGCAUAUUCUCUCGUUGAAUAUCUCGGCUGCCAGUUAAAGAAGAGGGCCAAAAUUUUCUGCAGCUGAUCCGUGGUAUAGAAGAAAGAUAUGUACCAAAUUUGAAGAACAUCCGAGCGAUUUGAGCCUAGAAUUUUAUGUUUUUAUUUUACUCAAGUCCACCAAUCUUACAGUACAACUUUUUUUGAAUUUUUUUGGUCUCUCGCUGUAAAUUACCCAAAGCAAAGGCUACCAAGGCCUAUUCAAUAUCAAAAUGACUCGUAAUUUUUAGAAAUUGGGUACCAUAACACCUUGAGGCGCCUAAAAUUUGCCCUAGAACAAGGCAUUCCCGAAGAAUUACAAACGAACAAACGUGUGGUCAAAAGGUAUUUGAAGGUAAAAUUUUCUCAUAUAUUUUUGUAUAUACAUUGUAUUUUAUUUGCAGCUCUACCAUGAGUUCUGCAAGCUGCGAAUCAUGGCCAGAAGAGAUUACCUCGGCAUUGUUGACACCAAAGAUGCCACUUGGGCCGAAUUCGAUUCUUUGAACUUUAAAAAAGGUGCCAAAUUGUUUCUCAUUAUGUAA